AUGGCUUGUAAAGCAAAGCUUAUGAUUCCUGAGGAUGAGAAGUACGAAGGAAAGCCAUUUGCCCUUUCACACGCAAGGACCGCCAUUACAACAAUAAAGGCGAAGUUCAAUACGCAGCAGUUACAGAGGUUCGAGGGGAGUUGUUUUGGUCAUCUAUUACUGAUAGAGGACCUGAAGUGGAAUUCACAAGUUGUCCACGGGCUGUUGAUGAGGAAGGCUGAUCCUAAGACAGUUACACAGGUGAACGGGAUAAAAUUCAUUGUGGGUAACAAGUUGACACAAUUCACAGCCCAACACUUUUGCCUCAUCACGGGCCUAAGGUUCGGAAAGCUCCCUUUCAUUCCGAAGGCGACAAAUGAAAACUGCUCCUUGAAGCGAAAAUACUUCAGUAGCAAUAAACCUCCCACCCUUUUGGACCUACACACUGCCUUCAUCGAGUGCACAGAUGAUGACGAUGCGUUAAAGCUUGGAAUGGUCUAUUUUGCCAUUUUUGUGCUAUUGGGUACUGAAAAGCAUGUGCUUUUUGACAUGCGCUAUUUGAAGUUGGCCGAAGACUUAGAAGAGUUGGACAAGUAUCCAUGGGGUGCCGUGUCAUAUGCGAUGACAAAUGCUUCACUUUUGAGGGCAGUUUCUCCUGAUUACCAACGAGUGAAGGUGCCCCAAAACAGAAAAAAGCCCAACAAACGUGGGAAGAAGAGAGCGCAGACAAGAAUGGAAUGCAGUAGAGCCAGAGAGUACAUCAUAAGGGGGUUUGGCUUCGCUCUUCAGAUUUGGGCUUUUGAAGUCUUCCCAGCAUUGGAAGCAUUGCAUUUCACGGUCCAUGAAGACAAUAGGCACAUCCCUCGAAUAUUACAUUGGAGGAGCAACACGGUGGCCCGUUUUCGGGAGGUUAUGAGUCAGGUUUAUGAAAACUUUGAGGUUGAUGUGCAACUUCUCCGGCCGACUGAUAUUGAGAAGCAACAACCUUACUGGAGUUGGGGUGAUGAUGAGAACAAUGAGGAAAUUGUUCAAUUGUUUGGGGAUGAGGGCGAAGACAAAACCAGCACUUCUAGUGAAGAAAAAGAGGCGGAUGUUGAGGAAACAACUACCCUUCCCUCCUCUUCUAAGGGCAAAGGGUCUUUUAAUGACUUUGGCAGGUUGAAGCAUCAAUUAGAAAGCACUAAGGAUGAGUUAGCAAAGCUACGUAGUUCAAAUCGGGGCCUUAGGAACAGAGUUCGUGACUUGGAAGCUAUUGUAGACAAGAACUGUUUGAAGCAUGAGAAGGAGUGUGACAGAAAUAAAAAGGCUAUUGGGGAUUUGACCCUAACAAUUGCUUCAGUGGAACAUUAUUUUAAAUUGGAGAUGGAGGAGUUAAAAAAAUUAUAUGGUGGACAAGGGCAUGAGGAAGUGUGGACUGCUCAGAUGAAUGAAGGAGGGCAGAAUGAAAUGUCACCCUUGAAUGAACUUACUACUCCGACUACAGCAGGGCCUAAAAUGGACGCACAAGUUGCAGGUGAUGGAGUGGAAGCCUUCCCAGGCAUGCAUACAGAACGGGCUGAAAUGGAAGCAACAGUCUAUGGUGGAGUGGAAGGGGCUGAAAGGGAAGCGGAAGUCCCUGCUGAUGGAGUGGAAGCUUUUCUAGCCAUGCAUAUACAAGGGGCUAAAAGGGAAGCCGAAGUCCCUGCUGAUAUUGUGGAAGGCUUCCCAGCCAUGGAAGUCGAAGCCGCUGAAAUUGACACUUCAGUUUGUAACAAACAAGUGCACCAACAACCUCACAAGGUUCCUACUUCGGAAGAUGUGAAGGUUCCUAGUCUUGAAGAUCCCCUCAUUCCUAGUCCGGAAGAUAGGGAAGGGUACAGAGUUAUUUGUAAAACAAUGUUAAAUUUGUUAGAGGAUUGGAAUAAGAAAGAAAUUCAGGGGGUGGGACGGAAGGCGAGGCCUCCCAUGGAAACUAGUAUAAAUCUGGUUGGUGAUGAAGGGGACAAGGAGGCUAAUGCCACGGUUCAGAAACCAGAUGCGGAAGGCAAAGGAUGCAGACUGAAGCGGCCCGCGAAAACAUUGUUGAGUCCAUUCACUGAUCCCUCCAGGAAAAAGAGGCCGACUACUGGUUUUCAUGCACAGACACCUGAGGCCCGUUUUGAUCCAACACAACCCGUGGCCAUGGACGAUGUGAAGGCUAUGAUACAAGUUUGCAAGGCUUGGAAAAGUGACAUCAAAUUAGGAAUUGUAACUUGGCAAAACCAAUAUACAUGUUUUUUGAUGUAUGCAGUCAUGUACAAUAACAAUAUCUACGUAGCUAAUUGUUCUGCGGAGCUGGAGCUCGAACCAUUUGUAGUUGGGGCAGAUUUUUUUUACAAACUUGUAGAUGAAACUGCAUGGAUGAGCUCGAGGCACCUUGACAUGGCCAUGUUUCUAAUACGCAAAAGACAACUCUCUCAUCCUCAAGUAUUUGGAACGGAGUGGACAACUGCCGAGUUUUGUCUGCAGCAAUUUUUACAGCCAUUUACACCGCCAAGUGCGAAACGAGUUACGAGGAAACAAAUUGCUUCAAUGACUGUUGACCCUCCCCCUAACUACCUCAGAAAUAUACACCACUUUGUCUGGGGUUCAUGGCAACAUGGUUAUGCACAAGCAUGGACGAAAGUCCGCAAGGUCUAUCUCCCGUAUAAUGUUCGACAGUCCCAUUGGGUGGCUGUAGAAAUUGACUUUGUCAGACAUACUGCCACUGUGUACGACUCGUAUACUGUUUUUACCUCCAACACAAUGCUUGUCCGACAGAUGGAGCCUAUUACCCAGACGCUUGCAAAGGUGUUGUAUGACAUGAGGUUUUAUGAGAAAUCGGAGGUUGAAGCGGUGAAGAAAAAGGGGAUUGACAUGCCAACGUUUAACCCAUUCACAAUUUGCAGAAUUUCCGAUGUUCCUCAGCAAAGUGAUGGUAUGUGCACUUCUAACUUCUGUACUUCUCGGGUGGACAGUACCUCAUGUGGCAUUAUGACCGUCAAAUUUAUUGAGUAUCUCAGUGCUGGCAUUCCUUUUAAUACCAUUGACCCAGCCAAGUUUGGCUACUACCGAUUGAAGCUUGCAAUCGAGGCUCUCAGGGGAGAGGCCUAUGUAUGA